AUGGAAGUGGAGUCUUGUAUCCCACCAGGGUUCAGAUUCCAUCCCACAGAAGAAGAACUUGUGGGAUACUACCUCGCAAGAAAAGUUUCCUCCCAAAAGAUUGAUCUGGAGGUCAUUACAGAUAUAGACCUCUACAGAAUAGAACCCUGGGAUCUGCAAGACAGGUGCAAACUUGGCUAUGAGGAGCAGAACGAGUGGUACUUCUUUAGCCAUAAAGAUAAGAAGUAUCCAAGUGGAACACGCACUAAUAGGGCCACCACUGCUGGAUUUUGGAAGGCUACAGGACGGGACAAGGCUGUGAUUUCAAAAUAUGGAAUUAUAGGAAUGAGGAAAACUCUUGUGUUUUAUGAAGGCCGUGCACCUAAUGGCAGGAAAACAGAUUGGAUCAUGCAUGAAUACCGCCUUCAGUCAAGCGAAAAUGGUCCCCCUCAGGAGGAAGGAUGGGUUGUAUGCCGAGCAUUUAAAAAACAAAAUACCAAUCAGAGGCCAUGCUUAGACACUUACAAUCCUCGAUACUACAUUGGAGAUCAUAACUGCUCUGGAGUAGAAGCGCUUUCCGAUGCUUGUAUGACUGCUCAUCUGGUGAACUCGAUUGCAGCACAAACUUUUCAUGAGCAGUCAUUUGGAUGUGAGAUGGAGCUUGGAUGUGGACAGACCCACCUUAAUCAUGCCCUUGAGAUUCCACCACUUGGUAGUCCAAGUCUACCAACAAAUUUAGCUGUGAAGGAAUGCUUUGAACCUAGUAUUGUGGCUAAUGAGGACCAUGGUGACGAAAGACAUGAUUGCAGGGGAGAGUUCAUUGAUUGGAAAGUAUUAGAUAGGUUGCUCGCAUCACAGCUGAAUGAAUCAGUUGCAUCUUCUAACUCAAAUGUGCCACUAAAUCCUCUGGAUUAUGACAUAGAUGCUCGAAACCAAGAUCAUUUCCUGUCCUUUUAA